AUGGCGACUACAGCCGCCAGCGGGCCACCGACGACGCGCGUCGACGUCCCCUCAUGGAACGGCGAGGCAGACAAGUCGAUGAGCUACAAGUUUGAGGUCUCCAUGUUCACCAAGAGCAUCAAGACUGCGGAGCGCUACGUGUGUGGCCCGCAGCUGGUGCGCGCCCUUGGGGCGCGAGUCCGGACGACGGUGGAGAGCUGCCCGGACAUCGACACGGUCGACGAGAUCGACAAGGAUGGAGUUUUGAUUGGUUGGAACAAAGUGUUUCAGUACGUCUUGGAGAAGCUGGACUUCACCAGCCUGAAUGACACGGGCCUCCUCGCGGAGGAGUUCUUCCUGAAGGUCAGCAGGAACUCGGGCGAGACCUUCCAGGACUGGGCCGCCAGAUUCGAGAAGAAGGAGCGCGAGCUGUUGAUGCAGCUCCAAGUCAUCGAUUCCAGCGUGACGGAAGUGAUUGCGAAGCCUCUUCGGACAUGGUGGUUCCUCCGGAAGUCCAAGCUAUCCCCUGUUCAACGUGGAGAGAUCACCGCCACUGCAGGUGGCGACCUCAACUUUGGUAAGACAUACAAGGCCUUGCUCACGCGCUUCCCGGCGGAGGCGCUGGCGGAGCUCGACGGCAAGCAGCACCGGAGGGCCUUCUAUGAGGACACGCCCGUCGACGACGUUGAGGACGAGACUGGUGGGGAAGAUAUUGAUUUCACAGAGGUUGUCGAGCAGCUGAUCACCCUCGCUGAAGAAGACGAAUAUGAGGAGCCAGCUGACGACAACCCAGCGGACAACGAGGUGUUCGCAGAGUUCAAGCAGGUGGGCAGGAGCUUCAAGGACGCUCGCGACCUGAUCCGACGCCUUCGCGUGUCCCGCGACUACUACCCGGUCGUGUCGCUCAAGGACCCCGAUCGCGUGCCCCCGCCUCCGAACACGGGACGAGGCUUCCAGCGUGGCCGUGGCAAGAACGGUCGAGGCCGCGCCCGCUUCGACACGGGCAAGGGACGUGACAUGUCCAAGAUGAAGUGCAUGGCGUGCGGCGAAUAUGGUCAUCGAGCGGCGGACUGCAACGAGAGGUUCAAGAAAGAUAAUACGAGAGAUGGAGCUCGUGGGACUACUCACAACGGCUUCGUCCUGUCCGCCCUCGACGAGUACCUCUACCUCCUGGAGCGCGACGGCAUCUGGGCGAUCCUCGACAUCGGGGCCACGAAGAGCCUCGGCGGCCUCGAGAGCGUCGAGAACCUCAUGUACGAGAUGCUGGACCAGCACGGCCAGGAGUUCGAGACGACACAUGACGAGUGCUCCUUCACCUUCGGCGACGGCCUCCAGAAGAGCUCGAUGGGCACGGUGAAGGGGAACGUGUUCCUCGGCGGCGACCUGACCGAGGUCAAGCUGUCGGUGAUGCCGAACCGCGUGCCGAUCCUCCUGGGCAUGGACAUUCUGACUGACUCGCUGAAGGUUGUGGUCGACUGCGGCCGGAACUGGAUCGGCCUUCCGACCAUGGGCAACAAGGCGUUCUACUGCGAGCGCCUCUCGAGCAACCAUCUGGCCGUCAACCUGACGACGCCGCAGUGGUGGAAGGAGGUGCCGCUUUCCUUGCCGAGUGCCGGGUGCCUGACGUCCGAAGCGACGGCGCCCGAUGUUCUGGUGGAGGAGCUGCCCGAAGAGGCCGCUCCGUGCAGCUGCUGCCCUGCGGUACUUCGAAACACCUACCAGAGCGACGGAAACCUCGGCGGCGCGGACACCUACCAGAGCGACGGAAACUGCGACACGGAGCGGAUCGGCUCGAGCGACGGAAACCUCGAUUUCGUUCGGACGGACGGUCAGGGGAUCGACAACUUCGGCUGCAGCGACCCCGACGCCAACAUCAACAGCAACACCAGCUACUCCGGCAAGAGCCACACGUGCACGAAGGCGACGGAGGUGACCAUUCGGGAGCAGGCAGUGGCUCUACGCUGGCGGCGCCUGUCCAACAAGCUGAACUCCCCGGAGAUACAGGGGGGCUGGAAGUUCACUCCGGAGAUGCUCGACGACUCGGAACUGCCGGAGAUGGACUCGAAGAGGAAACGCUGA